CUGCGCAUGUGCACGCUGUGUUAGCAGGAAACAAUCAGUGAUCACAUAUCAGCUGCCUUCACAUUCUGUGGAAUCUAAUUGUCUCUAUGAGUUAUCAAUGUACAUGUAAAUAUAACUGAUAAUAUCACAGCAGAUAUGCUGUCUUCAACUUACAUGUAUAGUGAUUUUUGUCCAACGAUGUCGAGGUUACAAAUCUGGAAAUUUGUCAGUGCUGUGGAAGUAACUGCUGGUUAACAUGUAACGUUAGCUAAGUUGCGUUCCGUUGUCUAACAGAAAAUAUGUAAUUGAGAACCGUUUUACUGGACAUUCGGCUAUAUACUUAUAUAAAAACAGUAUGAGCACGGUUUAGGGGAGAUAACCGUUAUUAUAAACUGAAGUAGGCUACAGUACAGACAAAUUAGGCAGAAUGCAAAUACGACGUGAUGACGUCAUUAAUAUGCUAAUGACGCAUGACGUCAUCUGGCGACAUUUAGCUACUUUUUGGCAGGCUUUAGCUACUUUCCAUUGAAAAUUGUUGGCAACACUGCAAAUACCUAGACAGUAUGUGAACACGUCACUGCAAUCUACCUGUCAAAGAGAGCUAUGUGUCUUUGCAGACGCUUCUACAGUAGCCAUUUCAGCAGUUGCGUACCUUCGAGUCAUGUCCACGUAGGCUUCUGCAUGGGCAAGUCCAAAUUAGCUCCUAGACAAGUCCACACAGUACCUCGCUUGGAGUUAUGCGCUUCAGUUCUGGCGGUGGAGCUGGCAGACAUGUUGCUAAAUGAACUUGACAUCGAAAUUCACAAAGUGAAAUACUACACUGACAGCCGAGUAGUCUUAGGCUAUAUCAACAACACAAGCCGAAGGUUCUAUGUCUACGUAGCCAACCGUGUUGCUCGCAUCAGAAAGUCAUCCGAACCCAGUCAGUGGCACUUUGUGAGCACGGAAAUCAAUCCUGCCGAUCAUGGAUCACGGUAUGUGCCAGCUUCACUACUGAGUUCUACCAAUUGGUUCACUGGUCCCGACUUCUUGAGGAAAAGUGAUGGAGAGUGUCCUGUGCAACCAAAUAGCUUUCAACUUGUUGAACCUGCCACAGACAAUGAAGUCCGCCCUCAAGUCUCGACAUUUGCAACUACAACUGUGGAAAAAUCGCUCGGUUCACACAGGUUUGAACGCUUCUCCAGUUGUAAACGUCUUACUCAAGCUAUCGCCAAACUCAUUGAAAAGGUCAGCUCUAUUUCAAAAGCUCCUGAAUCAAAGAUGGACGCUCUAACACAAGCAAAGUUAGUCAUUGUACGAACUGUUCAAGGUGAGACAUUUGCAAAGGAAUUAAAAAAUUUGAACAAAGGAAAGGACAUACUAAAACACAGUCCACUGAAGAAUCUCAAUGUGUUUUUGGACAAAGAAAGACUGGUGCGAGUAGGAGGACGUGUGACUUCUGCUGAAAUAACUCAAGAACAAAGGCAGCCUAUCGUAAUUCCAAAGAAGCAUCACAUUGCUGCUUUGCUGGUUCAGUUCUACCAUGAACAGGUUGUGCACCAAGGUAGACACAUCACAGAAGGAGCCAUCAGGUGUGCAGGUCUGUGGAUCCUUGGAGGAAAAAGGUUGGUGACAAAUCUUCUCAACAAAUGCACAACCUGCCGCAGGUUAAGAGGAAAUGUACAACAACAAAAGAUGGCAGACAUUCCAGCUGAUCUUCUCUUCCAAACUCCUCCUUUCACACAUGUUGGAGUGGACGUGUUUGGACCAUGGAACAUCAGCAUCCGCCGGACGAGAGGUGGAGUGUUAGAGAACAAACGCUGGGCAGUAAUGUUUACCUGUUUAGUCACACGAGCAGUUCACAUCAAGGUAGUUGAGUCCCUCUCCACUUCAAGUUUCAUAAAUGCUCUCAGAAGGUUCCUGGCCAUAAGAGGCCCCACCAAGCUCUUUCGAUCAGAUUGUGGAACAAACUUCGUUGGAGCGUGCAAAGAGCUUCAGAUAAGUUCAGAAGAUCCAGAGCUUCAAUCCUACCUCAAAAAUGAGGCAUGCACUUGGAAGUUCAACCCACCUCACACCUCUCAUAUGGGAGGGGUGUGGGAAAGAAUGAUCGGAGUGGCCCGACGUAUUUUGGACGCUAUGAUGCUGAAAGUUCACUCUCCAAAUCUGACUCAUGAAGUACUUGUGACGCUCAUGGCAGAGGUAACAGCCAUAAUGAAUGGUCGUUCAUUAGUACCUGUGUCAUCCGAUCCUGAUCAACCCGACUUGCUGACACCAAGGGCCCUUCUUACUCAAAAAAUCUGUCCCGUCUCUAUUCCACCUGGAGACUUUGAUUCAAAGGACUUGUACCGGAAGCAAUGGAAACAGGUGCAAAGUCUUGCCAACUCAUUCUGGAAACGAUGGCGAGAAGAGUAUCUUGCAACCCUUCAACCAAGAAGAAAAUGGCAAGCAGAUCAACCAAACUUAGCCAUUGGUGACGUUGUUCUCCUAAAGGACACUCAGGUCAAAAGAAACGAAUGGCCUACUGGACUUAUUGUGGACACUUAUCCUGGUCGAGAUAAAAGAGUACGUAAAGUAGAUGUACGCAUAAUUAAAGAAGGUACUGCUAAGGUGUACACAAGACCUAUUUCAGAAAUUGUGUUAUUAGUUAAAGGUUAAUAGUGUUAUAGCAGUAUACCAGGCGGGGAGUGUGCUGCCCCCUUGUGAGAAGAGUUAUUUGUGUUUUGAGUUUCUUGUGUUUUGUCCUCGCAGAGUUGCCGUAGGGCAGUUGUUCUCUUUACAGUCCCACAGCAAGUCAAACUCCAGAGUGUUAAAGUCUGUAAAUUAUUAUUUUGGUCCCUGAAAAAUAUCUGUCUGUAAGUAUUUGUUUGAUGGUAAUCUUAGCUUCCUUUAGAUACCAAAUUUAGUCAUUUUAGCAUGUUUUCAAUUCGUAAUUUGUAAGAAAAUAUGUGCGCUAGUAUUGUUAGCUUCCCUAUGGCAUUUUUCAUGUAUAUUAACAUUGUGCUAUUCGCUAUGCAAUCGUUUUUUGAGGGUUUUGGUUAAUUCUAAGCUACUUAUUUUAUAUUUGUAUUGUAUAUUCACCAUAUUGAGAUUGUAAUAUGCUUCUCUUUGUUUCUGUAUGUUACAGUUUUACAGUACUUCCAGUAAAACACAC